UGGCGGACGACAUGAGAGAGAUUUUUUUUAUUAAUUCUCUAUGGAUAAACCAAAACGGUUGUUUGUUAUUUAAAAGAACGUUUACAUUCAGUUUCUCAAUUGAAUCUCUUUGCUCAUUGCUCCAUAAUAGCAGAGAAGAAUUCGAAAGGGGACAAGCGAAAAUGGGAACUAAUAGAAUUGGACGAUCCUUCGUUCUUUGCGGGCGAAACGGAUGGAUUUGUGUCCCUUGAAGUCAUAGAAGAUUAUCAUCCAGAAGAGCUAGCAGGAAUUGGUGCAGGUGGACCAGCUCAGAAGAAGAAAAUAAAAGAACGGCCGCUGCUGAAGGAUAAGCUGGAACACACAGUUACCACAUCAUCCACACAACUUGAAAAAGCACAAAGAAUAACCAACAGACAAAGGGAAAAAAGAAGAGGAAAAAGAAAAACAAGGCCCAAAGUAAAGCCCAGUCAGAAGAGCAAAACAGAGUAGAAAUGGCCACUGACAAUAGACUGGUGGAAGAUCCUCCAGAGCCCAUGGUAGAUAUGAGUGCUUGGGAAGUCCUUGGUGUUCCCAAAGAAGUUCAGAGAGGACUCAGUGAACAAAGUUUUACUACACCAACCCCUAUACAGACUCUCUCCCUUCCACCUGCAAUAUUCCACCACAGGGACAUCAUUGGUGCAGCAGAAACAGGUUCAGGUACAACACAAGCCUUUGGGAUUCUAAUUCUCACCCACAUCCUUGGCCACAAGUCCAGUCAAGAAGCAGGUGAAGCUACAAAAAAUACUACCAAAAAUAAUGCUACAAAAGCCACAGAAACUGGUAAUGGAACAUCCAAGCUCAAGAAACCACUCCUGGCAUUGAUAAUGACACCAACCAGAGAAUUGGUUAUGCAAAUAAAAAAUCAUCUCAAACAGGCUACAAAACACACAUCUUUAGAGAUUGUUGCUGUGGUUGGAGGAAUGGCACCUCAAGAACAACAGAGGCUUUUAAACAAGUAUCCUGAGGUAAUAGUAGCCACCCCGGGAAUACUGUGGGAUUUGAUUUCCGAGGGUGAAGAGCAUGUCUGCCGUUUGGAGCACUUGAGAUAUCUUGUGAUUGACGAGGCAAACAGAAUGGUGGAGCAAGGCCACUUUCAAGAAUUAUCUUCAAUAUUGGAGCUCAUUCAUAGAAAGAGUGAUUAUGAUGAAGAUGAGGGAACUGCAAAGCGAAGACAUCUACAGAAGUUUAUUUUCUCUGCAACUUUAACUCUUCCAAAGUCGUUUAAGAGGAAAGGAAAAGAAAAGAAGAUCACAAGUGAAGAAGGCUUAGUGUCACUGAUGGACAAAGUUGGGCUGCAGAAGAACAGUUGUAAAAUUAUCGAUGUCACCAACAAGAGAGGAACCGUAGAAACCCUGACAGAAGCAAAGAUCUCAUGUGUAAUUGAAGAGAAGCAAAGUGCGAGUGGCUUACUUCUGGCUACAGAUGUGGCCGCGAGAGGUUUGGACAUACCAGCUGUUGAGCAUGUGAUUCACUAUCAAGUUCCGAAGGACCUUGAUCUUUACAUUCACCGCAGUAGACGGACAGCUAGAGCAAGCAGGGAGGGUCUGAGUGUCGUUCUUGUUGGCCCAGAAGAAAUGGGAUCAUACAAGAAAAUUAUGAAGGCGCUUAAUGGAGGCCUUAUUCGUAUUCCCGGACUGGUCUGGGACGAGUGUUUUGUUUCGCGCGAAAGCGAGGCUCAUGCGGGGGAAAAUUAA